CUCUCUCUCCCGAUUGAUGAAGCGGCAGCGACGAUGGUCCCCGGCGAUUCCUCUGCUCUUCCGCCUCUGCCUCGCCGUCCUCGCGCCACUUCCUCUUGCUACUGUGGCCGUGGAGAUCCUUUCUAAAUCCAAGCUCGAGAGGUGCAUCAAGGCGUCCGGCUCCGAUAGUGUCGACUGCGAGAAGAAGAUCGUCCUCAAUAUGGCCGUCCCCAGCGGAUCCAGCGGAGGGGAGGCUUCAAUCGUUGCAGAAUUGGUGGAGGUGGAGGAGAAUGAUACACAACACAUGCAGACCAUUAGGUCGCCACCGAUUAUCACGAUCAAGAAGUCGGCUGCAUAUGCAGUUUAUGAAUUAAUAUACAUCAGGGAUGUUCCUUAUAAACCAGAAGAAUUCUAUGUCAAAACACGUAAAUGCAAACCAGAUGCUAGCGCAAAAGUCGUUAAAUUUUGUGAAAGGUUGCGGGAUCAAAAUGGUCAUAUUAUCGAGCAUACUCAGCCAAUUUGUUGUCCAUGUGGACCGCAACAUCGUGUUCCAUCCUCUUGUGGGAACUUAUUUGAUAAGUUGAUGAAAGGGAAGGCCAAUACUGCUCACUGUCUCCGGUUCCUAGGUGAUUGGUUUCAUAUUUUUGGCAUUGGGAAGAGAUCGCUCGGCUUUAGUAUUCAUAUUGAAGUUAAGAAAGGUUCUUCACUUUCGGAAGUGAUUGUUGGUCCUGAAAAUAGAACUGUACUCUCUAAUGACAAGUUUUUGAGAGUAAAUCUAAUUGGUGAUUUUGUUGGAUAUACAAGUCUCCCAUCUUUUGAGGACUUUUAUCUUGUGAUACCAAGAUCGGGUCCUCCUGGUCAACCAGAAAAUCUUGGACAGAACUUCUCAAGGUGGAUGCUGUUGGAGAGAGUGAGGUUCUCAUUAGAUGGUCUGGAAUGCAAUAAAAUUGGUGUUAGUUAUGAAGCUUACAGGAACCAGCCUACCUUUUGCUCUUCCCCAUAUUGGAGUUGCUUGCAUAAUCAACUGUGGCAUUUUUGGGAAGCGGACCAAAACAGGAUAGGAAGAAACCAACCACCUCAGUAUAUGGUUGAACGGAGGUUUGAAAGGAUAAAUCAACAUCCAAAUGCUGGGACACAUACAUUCUCGGUUGGCAUAACUGAGGUUCUCAACACUAAUUUAUUGAUAGAACUGAGUGCUGAUGAUAUCGAAUAUGUUUAUCAAAGGAGCCCUGGAAAGAUUUUAAGCAUAAAAAUCCCCACUUUUGAAGCCCUAUCACAAUUUGGCACAGCGACAAUAACAACUAAGAACAUUGGUGAACUAGAAGCAUCUUAUAGUUUAACAUUUCACUGUCUAAGUGGUGUAAGUUACAUGGCGGAACAAUUUUUUAUACUGAAACCAGAUGAAGAGGUUACUCGAUCAUUUUACAUAUAUCCAACCACAGAUCAAGCUGCAAGAUAUCAGUGUGCAGCUGUACUCAAGGGUUCUGAUUUUAGUGUACUUGAUCAAGCAGAAUGCCAGUUUACUACCACAGCUACUGUUCUCGAAAAUGGAUCACAGAUAGUUCCUGCUGAUGAAUUGAAAAAGAAUGAGAUAAAUAGUUUCUUUGAAGCUAUUAAAGGGGCCUGGAGUAUGAUGUGGAGUGGUUUGGUCGACUUUUUUACUGGGAGAACAUGUAGAAGUAAAUGUCAAAGUUUCUUCGAUUUCAGUUGCCACGUACAAUAUGUCUGUGUGAGUUGGAUAGUGAUGUUUGGACUACUGCUUGCAUCUCUCCUGACAGGUACUGUGCUCCUCUGGCUGCUGCAUCAAAAAGGAUUUUUUGAUCCAAUCUAUGAUUGGUGGGAUGAUCGACUUAAAGGCACAAAGAAAAGGAAUAGAAUCAAUUCAAAGCAUGCAAAAAACGUUAAGAAGCCUGGCCUUAGACAUCAGAAAGAAACUGGCCGGGAUGUGCACCACAAGCACAAGCCAAUUCCUUCACAUGAUGGAAAGAAGCCAAAAAGCAGUCACAGUCAUCGUGUACCCCACAAACAUAUCCAUCUUGGCUUGGCAGAAAAUGAUCGCUCUCACCGUAAACAUGACACUCAUCUCCAUCUUCAUAAAGUGAGGCACAAGCACAAACAUAGCGAAAGUUACCUUGCUCAAACCCACAAGUCCAACAAAAACCGGCCGAUAUCCACGGAGAUGGGAGAUAUGAAGCACAAGAUAACCAGAUGCAGUGAUGAGAAAGAUUCGAGGCACAAACAUGUCUAUCGUCAGCUGCAUGGAGCAAACUCGCAUGCGAAGCACGAUAAGGAUCUUUGGAACUAUAUGUAACUGGUUUCUUUCUUGUAUUAGGUAUUCACAAUGCCAACUCCUUUCUUUUGGUGA